CAAAUGUCUUCUGUGUGAACUUGUGUUGCUGUUAGAUAGUUUCAGACCCUUUCACCAGCUGACAUCUCCUCUGGCUUCUCUGUUAGACGGACAGAAGGCUGAAACUCAAGAUGAGGGUUUGGAUCUUCUUCCUGUUUUGCCUCGCUGGCAAUACUCUGGCUGCUCCAACUGAAGAGGAGCCAGUUGUUGAAGAGGAGCUGGAAGUGGGAGCCAACCCAGUCCAGGUGGAGACCGGAGAGUUUGAUGAGGCCAUUGAAGUCGUGGAGGAUGUUAUUGCUGAGAACCCCUGCCUAAACCAUCACUGCAAGAAAGGCAAAGUGUGCGAGGUUGAUGACAGCAACCAGCCCAUGUGUGUGUGCCAGGACCCUCUGAUCUGCCCCGCCCCAGUCGGAGAUUUCGAGCAUGUCUGUGGCACUGACAACAAGACCUACGAGUCCUCCUGCCACUUCUUUGCCACUAAAUGCGCCCUGGAGGGCACCAAGAAGGGCCACAAGCUGCACCUGGACUACAUCGGACCCUGCAAAUACAUCGCCCCCUGCUUGGACAACGAGCUGAAUGAGUUUCCCCUGCGCAUGAGGGACUGGCUGAAGAACGUGCUGGUGACCCUGUAUGAGCGCGAUGAAGAAAAUGACCUGCUCACCGAGAAGCAGAAACUCAGGAUAAAGAAGAUUUAUGAGAAUGAGAAGAGACUGCAGGCUGGUGAUCAUUCUCUGGACCUUCUGGCCCUGGACUUCGAGAAGAACUACAACAUGUACAUCUUCCCUGUUCACUGGCAGUUUGGCCAGCUUGACCAGCACCCCGUUGAUGGCUUCCUGUCCCACACUGAGCUGGCUCCUCUGCGCGCUCCUCUCAUCCCAAUGGAGCACUGCACCACCAGCUUCUUUGAGCACUGCGAUGCUGACCAAGACAAGUACAUCGCUCUCGAGGAGUGGGCCAACUGCUUUGGAAUCAAAGAGCAGGACAUCGACAACGACCUUGUCAUCUAAGCACGUCUGCCAUUGACGCUUCCUAGUUACUAUUGGGGCAAAGUGCUAACCCUUAAGUUAAAAUCAAAGUAAAGGUGCUAAUUGCGAUUUCUAACAACCUGCAUAUACCACUAAACAUUCAUUUUGUUUAAAAAAAAGUGCACAAUCCACAAUGAGUGACUGAACACUACCGUUUUUAAGUUGGCCAAGCAGCUGUUGGACAGGCUGUAUUAAAGAGAGUUAAAUAU